AUGACUCCUGUAAGUCCAAAUCCAGCAGGUCAAAACGAUGUUUCUCCUGUCAAACAGGACCGUCCUGUCUUGUUUAAUUUACUUGGACAGUUUGAGGAAAAUCAUGAUCCUAAGGAUCAUAAGCUGGUACUUCAUUAUGGUGGAUCAUCAUCAUCAUCGAUCAACCCUCCACAACUUCAUAAUUCAUCUAAUUCAUCCAGUGGUUCAGCUAUGGUUGAUCAAAGCAGUGCGCGCGACACGAAUUUAUCAUCAUCCGUGGAGAUGGAAGAUAGCGGCCAAAUAAACGGUGACUUAUUGGCGAAAUGGACGUCUUCGAAGAUGAGGUUGAUGAGAAAAUUGAUGAUGCCAGAAAGAAGUUAUGUUGCAGCCAGAAAUGAAGAGAAAGAAAUUAUAAAUACAAGUGCUAGUGCUGCCACAACUCCAUAUAGAGGAGUUCAAAAUGAAAGGUACAAUCAAGGAAGCCCUACAUCUAGGGUUUGUGCUGAGUGUCAAACUACCUCUACCCCACUUUGGAGGAGUGGCCCUAUGGGUCCUAAGUCACUUUGCAAUGCUUGUGGAAUCAGGCAGAGGAAGGCAAUAAGGGCUGAGGAAGAAGCUGGAAUCACUUCCUCAAAGACUAACAAAGAAAAAGAAAAGAAACUUCUUGUGAGCAAAUGUACACAAUUCAAGAAGAAGAACAAGACUGCUUCUGCUGCUGCUACUACGACAACUACGGGUGGUAGCUCAUCGGAAGAAAUGGAAGAGAGACUUGAACUUUUUGUAUCAAGGGUGAGGGAAACAUCGGGUUUGGAGGAUACUACAGAGGAUGUAGUUGAUUAUGCACUCCUUCUAAUGGAUAUUUCUUGCGGUUAUGUUUACCCUUAG